CCCCCCCGGGGCGGAGCGCUGCCUCCCCCGGGCCGCCUCCAUCCUCUCCUCUCCUCCCCUUCUCCCAGCUCCGUAAAAUGGCGGCCCCGGCAGAGGCGUGCGGCCUCACUGAUGAGGCUGCCUAUGGCGCCUGCUCCGAGCCGGAUCCCAGCACCAAGGACUUUUUGUUUCAGCAGACAAUGUUAAGAGUAAAGGAUCCUAAGAAGUCGCUGGAUUUUUAUACAAGAAUUCUUGGAAUGACGCUGCUUCAAAAAUUUGACUUUCCUACUAUGAAGUUCUCACUGUUUUUCCUGGGAUAUGAAGAUAAAAAUGAUAUCCCAAAAGAUAAAACUGAGAGAACAGCUUGGACCUUCUCUAGAAAAGCUACACUUGAACUGACACACAACUGGGGCACUGAAAAUGAUGAAAAUCAGUCCUAUCACAAUGGUAAUUCAGAUCCUCGAGGAUUUGGGCACAUUGGAAUUGCUGUCCCUGAUGUCAAUAAGGCUUGUAAGAGGUUUGAAGAAUUAGGAGUGAAAUUCGUGAAGAAACCGGAUGAUGGUAAAAUGAAAGGACUUGCGUUUGUUCAAGAUCCUGAUGGCUACUGGAUUGAAAUUCUGAAUCCUAAACACAUGGUGACUCUCACUUAGAUGCACGCUUUCAGUUCCCUGAAGAAAAUCUGAAACAGCAUUUGUGGAAUUUCUCACUUAAUGGAGAGGAAUCAACUAUGCUCAGAGUCUCCUCUAAAACUGUCCCCUGGGACCUCAAUGUACUUUAAUUCCCUUUCAUUUUCCUGUGAUGCUCCUGCAAUUUGCUUCCAAUGAGGAAUCUCUGUCUUUUGGAAGAGCACUAAUACAUACUCUGCUCUUGAACAUAGAUUAUGUUAAUAUUUAACUAAACACUUGUAAGAUAGAUCACCAGAAACUCACUUCACUUUACACUCUUCAGAUUUAAACUAAAAGCAAAAAAGAUAUAUAUAAAAUCCUGCAUUGCUGCUGGUGAACUUCAAUGAGGAGAAAAAUAAACUUUAAUAAAUUUGUUUAAUGAAGUCAAAGGAUCCUGAAGGCUUCAUGCCCUAUCUUGUAUGCUAGAAAAUAAAGUAUCAAACUAACUUUUUGCUUGAGUAGUAGCAUGUUUAUGAAAGUUUUAAUACUACAUUAUGCGAAGGAAAAGUCUUUUAAUGAGCACCGUUAAGCAGUGUUGCCUGGAACAAGAAACUUUUGUAGUUUAGUCCACCAGAAAGAAUUCUGUAUUUAAACUUCUGGCUGGUGACUGGGAGACAAUGUAAGAGGUCUCACAGUUGGUAACUGACAGUUGUCCUUCUUGUCUCUUCUAACACUAGGACGAUCUUGCUCAUAGUUUUUGUUUUGAUGCAAGUCUAGGGUUAUAUUCUUUUUACAUGCUCUGUACAGACCUGUAUUAGGAGUGUAAUAAAGAAGAGUACCUUAAAUGAUUUCCUACAAGUAGGCAUUUUGAUUGCCCUAUCUAAAUGAGUGAUGGUUACUGAAAUUAUACUUGUAAGUAGCAGGAAAAUGUAGCAUUUACCUCUGUUACACAAAUCAUUUCACUUUACACUGUUCGCCUGGUAUGAGUAGUGCAAAACAUGCCAAGUUUUGAAAUCCUGUUAACAAAACCAAAAAAAUCCCUCUGCAUUCCACUUACUGUGGUUUAAGUCGCAUUUAGCUCCUACUAAGUCUUCAGUUGUGCAGUGGCAUCGCCGUUCACUUCCAAAUAUAAAGCAUUGAUGAAAACAACAGAAUAAUUUUUAAAGCAGUAUGAAAUGUUACUUUGGUAGUUGUUGAAUCAUAGAUAAACAAAAAGCUACUUUUGGUUUAUGGAUUUUUUUGGGGGAGGGGGAGAAGAAACUUGGUUAUAAAAGAAUAAUUGGGAGUACAGCAAUGAAGAAGAUAACUUGUACGACUUGAUUAGCAGGAUAAUGGCAAUGUGCAGAGUUGUUAAUAACUCACUAACUCCCUGGCUUUUAAGUUAAAAAAUAUAGAAGGUAUUGCAUUUGAUUUCUACUACGCUAAUAUAGAUAUUAAUGACAAAUGUUAAGCAUUAUUGUCCAAGAUUAGUCUAUGGUAUUUUGUUUUCCUUUGCAAAUGAGUAAGAUACAUUAUAUGCUUCAUCUGAGUUUUAAUAGCUUUUGGAAAAUAGAAUGUGAAAUGUAUUGCCCUGCAUAAUGUCCCUCUACAGAUGUACAAAAAACCCACAAACUUACUGGAAAGUAGACACAGCAUCUCUAAAGAUGUUUCCUAUAUUUUAUAAAGCAAACCCCAAUACUUCAAA